AUGGGAUUCCAGGAGGUUAUGGGCCGUAUGCUACGAUUCAUGGACACCAUGAUUCAGGCUGGUUUAUUUCUAUCAGAUCCAGCUACAUCACAGAAGCGGUCCAUCUCACGCAAGUGCGGCCAAGCCAGGCCAGGCCCUAAGCCUCAGAAGUGGCUAUUCCUCCGCAGAAGCGAAGCCGCAAAAGUGGUUGGCAACUCGCAGAUGCAGCCUAGCGGCCCAGGCUCUGAGGCAGUGGUGAAUGGGCAAGGAUUCAUGGCGCAAGACAUCACAUUUCGAAACAUUUCUAGAGCUCAGGUGCAACAGUCAGUAGCUUUAAGAGCAACUGCGGAUUCAUGCACCUUCUAUAGGUGUAAAUUUGACGGUUUCCAGGACACCUUAUACGCACACUUUGGCAAGCAGUUCUACAGGGAGUGUACAAUUUUGGGCACCAUUGACAUUAGGGAAAAUGCAUAA